UUUAAAUCGUGCCGAAGAACAGCAUUGUCAGGACUCAGUGAACAGAGCCUGGGCAAGAAAUCUGUCUGGACUAUACCGGAAAGGAGAAAGCAUAUUUGGGAGAACUUUUUUCCCCCCGUGCCGGUUUGCGUGCGCUUGUGGCACGCGGGUUGACUUUGACGCACGACGCGGGACGGCGGAACACCCCGGCAGCAGCGCAGGCACGAUUUCCUCAACAUGUGCUGAAUAAAAAGCGAUCUCGUGUGCUACAAUUUGUAGGAUAUUAAAUGUGCAUCCGAUCGCGCACACAGACUUGGACUUGUGUGUCUCCUGAAAAGACGCUGUUGCGCUAUUGGGUGUUUUUCGGGUGUAGGCACGCGCAUGACGCACCCGCAGCCGAUUGUUGGAAGUUGUUUUGAUCCUGACAGACUGACAGUCUUUUUUUUUUUCUCUUUCCCUUUUUAAACUUUUUCCUCCGGCUCCUUUCAUGGCUUUUUAGGCUUCAUGCAUGAUUAUGGUACUGAUCCUGCACUUAUAUGUAGACCACCUGCAGCUUUGAGACUCUUUGCGCUGAAUAAAUCCGUAUUAUUUAUUUAGUGUAAGAAUUUGCACUAAAUUUGCAAAUCUUUGCAUCCCAAUCCUGGAACAGCUUAGAUUUAUUAUAUAGUUCAGGCACCAGCUGGGCAGUUUGAUAUGGAAAACCAGCACCGGUAAGGUAGAUCAAUGGGUGCCCUGUACCUUGGCGCGUGAGCAGAAGGAAGAGGAGGAGGAGGAAGAAGAAAAUCCAGGUGUCACGAGGAGUUGUGAGAGGUUCCAGAGUCCUGCUGACCCGCUCCCUGAAGGAUGGAGAAGAUGCUGCUGCGCAUGUGCACCGCGUCCCUCAUCCUGCCUUUGCUUUGCAGAGUGAUGGAUGGCCGACUGUUGUUGGAGGGUCUGCCAAGAUUUGGCGCAGUGCCUACGUACCUGCCUGUGCAGUACCAGGUGUUGAAUGCGGAGUUAGCCUUCUUUCUCAAGGAGGCCAACCAGGACAUCAUGAGGAACUCCAGUUUACAGGCACGCACUGAACUUUUUUUCAUCCAGCAGGCGAGAAGAAAUCCUGUUGUAAAUGCUAGUUAUGGACCCUUCUCUGUGCAGCAGCCUGUACCAAUGGAACUCCUGGAUCCAGGGAUCUUCAACAACCCUGCAACAUCUUCUUUGUCUUCAUCAUCUUCAUUGUCCUCUCAACUUUUUACUUUUAACUGGAAGAUUCAGACAUUCAUCAUAAGUGAGCGCAUCCACCUCAGCUGGCCCAAGGUCCAAGUCUUGUUCUAUGUUGUAGGCCGAGAUUGGGAUGACUACACUACUGUAGACCAUCUCCCCUGUAUCCGGAUGUUUGCUUUCCAUGAGACACAGGAGGUUCGAGGCACAUGCCGAUUGAAAGGGGAACUGGGGCUUUGUGUAGCGGAACUGGAGCCUCUGCCCAGUUGGUUUAGUCCACCUAGCGUCGUGCCUGGGAGACAAAGAGCACCCCAAACUGAAGGUACACCUGUAGAGCUCUACUACAUGGUACAGUCCACUGAAACUGGUGAAUGCAUCCCAGAAAGUUCCCGCAAGGCAGGUGCCAUCCGUUCUGAGCCACAGGGGCCAGCUGGGUACUUUUCAGGGCCUACACCCAUGCGAAGAAUCGGCAGUGUACGUCUGUUUCAGCCAUUGUCUGAACUACGCCUGGACAGGAACUUUGUAGUGAUGGUGCCUGCCAGUCCAAUUAGGCAAAGGGAAACAGUGUCAAUCUUCCUGGCUACUUCAGCUCUUUCAUCAGUGGAGAUCUUCACCCUCAGGGUGAAGUUGAAAGAUGACGUGGCGUUCUUAGGAGCAAAGACCACUAAUCCGGUGCAGUGGACCGUCAGUCAGGAUGUGAGGAGUGAAGGACACCGUAUUGUUACUCUGCACUGUCGGAGGAAAGACCCCAGCUAUGGCCAGAGGAUGGAGGCAGGGCUUCAGAAAGUUUUGCAAGUGGAUUUGGAGGUAAAUGGCCUGGUGGAUCCUCUUGGCACUCGCUCAGUCACAUGGCAGGUGGAGUACCCCAUGAGCCGCACCUUUUCCGAGGAGAUCCCCACUCUCAUCCGACUCGCACCUUACAACCUGGGGGGUAUUGUCCCUCUUGCCAUGGAGACAGAGAUUCUGAACACGGCCGUGCUCACCGGCAGGACUGCCGCCAUGCCCAUCAAAGUGGUCACCGUGGCAACAGAUGGAGCUGUGACGGAUGUGACAGAGUCUGUGGAGUGUCGAUCGACGGACGACAGCGUUGUUAAGGUGUCUGAAAGAUGCGACUAUGUGUAUGUGAAUGGAAAGGAGACAAAAGGGAGGGUGAAAAUGAUGUUGAACUUCACGUACAACUACCUGAACACCCAGAUGGAGGUGAGUGUGUGGAUGCCCCGCCUGCCCCUGCAGAUCGACAUGGCCGACCCUGAGCUCAACCAAAUCAAGGGAUGGAGGAUCCCCAUCUCCGGGGGCAGCCAGAGAUCUGCAGAUGAUGAUGAAGAUGAAGGGAGCAAGCGGGAUCGAGGUUGUGGCCCACAGUACCAGAGUACCACUGUGCGUGUCCUUACACACUUUGAGGCAGAGCCAGGAGAAUUGCGGGGACAACCAGACUUUCUACUGGGCAGUGAUUGGCAGGUGGAUGUGACAGAGUUGGUGAAGGAUUUCUUAAAAGUGGAGGACUCAAAAGUGGCCAAAAUAACAGAUGGUGCAACACUGACAGGGCUGAACACUGGAGCCACUAAAGUCCAGGUGAUGUCCCCACUGUCCGAUUUGGUUCUGGCAGAGAGGACAGUACGAAUUCUGGAUGAUAAAGUGAGCAUUACGGAUCUGGGUGUGCAGCUGGUGUCAGGCCUCUCACUGUCCCUGCAGCUCAGUCUAGGCAGCAGCAGGGCCUUUGCAGCCACAGCCACCACCCAGGACACCAUGCACAACCUCAAACAGGAGUCCCUUGUCAGCGCUUGGCUGCACUUCAGUGAUGGCUCUGUGACCCCUCUUGACCUUUAUGACCCUGCACACUACACGCUGACAGCCAUAUCCUUGGAUGAGCGGGUAGUUUCUGUUCAGAAGGUUGCAUGGUGGAGGUCGCCAGUGGUGGUGGUGAGAGGAGAGGGUCAAGGUACGCUGCUGCGUGUUGAGAUGUCUGGAGCUGAUUUAUGCCAGAAAAGCAAACGCCGUAAUGUUCUGGCUACAGUUAGUGCCAAUGUUCGCAUCAAGUUUAGUCGUAAUGACGACAGUGACAACAGAAGGCACAGACCUAUCCCUUACAAUGGAGAUGCCAUUUCAGAUGCAGGGAUGGUCAACAAAGGAACCACAACUAUUAAAACAAGUGCUACACUUGGAGAUAAGCGGCCAGAAAUCCCAGCAGACUUCUCAAAUUUUCCAGCACAAGCUGAACUUCCUCAUGGACGCUCCACAGAGGAGGAGUUGCUACAAGCUCGGCGUGGCCUGACAGACCUUGAGAUUGGCAUGUAUGCCCUACUGGGAGUCUUUUGCCUGGCCAUCUUAGUGUUUCUCAUCAAUUGCGUCUCAUACGCCCUACAGUAUCAACAUAAGCAGCUCCCCCUGGAGGGCCAGGAGAGCAUGGCACAUGCUCAUGAUUGGGUGUGGCUGGGGCAUGAAGGUGAGCUAAUGGAGAACCAUGCCGGCUUGUGCUUACAGCAGGAUGACGUCAGCGCUAACAUAGACUCCAACCUGGGUUUAGAGGAGGCCAGUCAGCUCCUUAAUGGACUCCUUUCCCAGAAAAGUGUACCAGGUCAGGGAGGACGGGAGCACAAGAGCGAGACAGGAAACUCCCCUACCACCAAGAGGAAACGUGUCAAAUUUACCACCUUCACCCACUCCAAGCCGAGCAAUGACUGCUUGGGUAACAGCCCGCUAGGUGUAGGGAAAUCCAAUGAUAUCCAUUGGGUUUGUCCGGACAUUGAGCUUGGGGACUCCAUAGAGCUCCGGAACUACAUGGAGAGGCUAAAUGAGAAUGCCAUGAAGAAUGUGGCAUAGCACUUCAUGAUUCUAGCACUUGGUUAUGUGUUUUGAAGCAGAGUGUAGCUUCACCCAUAUGCCUUCAGGGUAAAGGAAUGGGGUGCCGACCGGCUCACAUCUCACCAUGAAUAGAGAGGCCAUUUAUCAGGUCUUGUUUCCAUGGCAACCAUCAUAAGGUGUUCAUCAUUAGGAUCGAAGGCCAACAGGAACUGUGAAACUAUAUAUGUAUACAUACAUAUAUACAUAAAUUCAUAUGUAAAAACCCACUAUGAGAAAUGCAUUUUUCCCUGUAUCAAAGAAUUUUGUUUUCUGUAUUUCUUUGUUUUUAAUUUUUCCAUAUUCUAUAAAUAUUUGAAACAAUUCAUGUAUACACAUAUCAAAGAAUGACUCUUUAAUGUAUCCAUAAAUUGACACACUUGUAUAUAAGUGGACAUUUGCCGGUUGGAGGAGGUAAGAACUUUUUUAAGUAAGGUUUUACAUAUUUUUAUACACAUCCCUGUUCCUGUACAUGUUGUUGCCUGUUGACGUUUUGUCCAAAGACUCUCAUACUUUGGUUUGAAGCUGCUGUGAGUAACUUUUUUUUUUAAAGAUAGUUGUCAAAAAUAGAUGCUCUAAGAAAAAAAAAACCCUGUGCAGUCCUUCAGAAAGCUUCUCUGAGGAGGCGGUCUUCACUGCUUUUUUGCACAUGUAUAUGUGGCCAAUAUGAAAUUCAGUGAUCAAGAAAGAAUCAAGCUCUAGGAAAUGCUAGUUCGAUGGAGUAAGAGAAUUGUAAGAGAAAUAUGAUUGCAGUGGACUCGAUUUAUUAGAAGCAAUGGUACAUCCAUUUUCUAAGUUCCUCUAUCACUAUUGACUUACACUUCAAACAGAAACUUUAAACAGCACAGGCAUUUCAUUCUGUGCUGAUAAAAUAGGUAUGGCAAAAGUAUUGACAUCAAUUAUACAAAAUUUCAUCUUUAGAAGACUAAGUUAUGAUGUGGCGCUAGCUAGAUCCAUGUCUUUUUGUGUAACUUUUACUUAAUUCAAAAUUUAUUUCUAUUUGGCACUUUAUUCUAAUACAAAGCUAGCUUGGCUGUUUAUGUUUAGACACUCCAGUGUAAAUCUAGCAAUAUUUAAUCCUUUAUCUUAUUAAGCUCUCAGAAAGAUUUGUGUUUUAAUGAAAUUUUAGGAUUUCAGGGCAAAUCAGCACACACAUUACACUGGUGUUUUCUUUGAAUUUUAGCUCCAACCUCAAAGUGUAGCUGUUGCAAAACCUCUGGUGUGGAAUAAAUGCAGUUGUGUCCUUUUUGUUCUUAUUUUUGUACCAUUGCACAGUGCAUGUCAUUAGAAGGUAGGAUUAUGGAAAAGGACAUUGGACUUCAUUAGCAAGACUUCAGCAGCAUCGCUUACUGUGGCUUUAAUAUGUCUAAUUUGGGACCUUUGUCACCAACUGUGUGAAUAUGUACAUAAUCCAGGGGACUGUUGAGAAACUGUCACACUGACAGCAUGCCUCUUGUGGGACUGCUGGCAAUCUGUAACAUCAAGUUAUACAGAUUUACCAGGCGGCAAUCUCUCAAACAGUAACUGUGGUCAGUUGUGUUUCUUUUCUAAUCUUUUUUCCCUCUACACUAAAAAAAAAAAAAAAAAAAAAAAAAAAAAAAAAGGAGCAAAAAGUACAUUACAGGUCUCUAAAUACACAAGAAAUCUCAAACAAAUCCAUAAUUAAUGCUGUUCUAAUUACCUGCAGGUAAUUGGGUCUUAAAGAGUGGUUUAGAAUGUAAUCCUCAGGUAAUGCUGGACAUGAGAAGUGCAAACACAAACGCAGAAAUCACUGAAAUGCUUAUAAAUAAUUUAACAUUCAAAACAUUUGUCUGGAAUUGAUUCUGAGUGACACUGUGUUUGGGCUGAGUUAAUUUUUUGCUCUUGUCUCUUUAAUGAACGUGCAGAUUAAACUUCAU